AUGUCUGCUAACGAAUAUUAUGGUGACAAUAAACAACAGUAUCAACGUCCAAAUGUUCCUCCUCCAUCUCAUGAUAUGAACUACAAUAAUACUAGAGGGUAUCCUGCGCAACAACAAUAUUAUCAACCUCCGUUACAACAACAACCACAAUAUUACCAACAGCCACAACCUCAAUACUACCAACAACCUCCACCACAGCAACCAAUCUAUGUUCAACAACAAGCCCCACAACGUGGUAAUGAAGAUUGUUUAACUGGUUGUUUAGCUGCUAUGUGUUUGUGUUGUACUUUGGAUAUGCUACUUUAA